AUGCCAUUUUUCGUCAGAUAUAAAAUUCAGUAUACAGAGGAAUUCACGGUAAUCNNNNUCGAGAAGCAUAAGAAGAACUGCAAGGCUCAUGCUAGGGUCGCCGUAUAUGGCUGCGGUCUAGAGAUGACUGGUACCGAGACUCAAGGCACGGUUCUGCUCGAGUCGGGUAAACAGUUGAUGGACUUCGCCAAGGGCGAGGAGAAAAAGAUGGAGGAAUUUGUUCUAAGCUUAGUGGACGCCGGCGUUGAGGCGGUCAUUGUCGGAGGUUCAAUUCAAGACAUCGCUCUGCACUUCCUCAACAAGCAUCAUAUCCUCGCUAUCAAAUGUACUUCCAAAUUCGAAAUGCGUCGUCUCUGCCGUACUUUGGGUGCUACCGGUAUCGUCCGACUCGGCGCGCCUCUACCGGAUGAGCUCGGCUAUGCUGAGAGCAUCGAUGUUGAGGAAAUCUCCAGUGCUAAGGUUACUGUUGUUCGAGCUGCAGACUCGAAGGUCUCUACGAUCGUCCUUAGAGGUGCCACUGGCAACUUCCUGGAUGAGGUUGAACGCGCUAUUGAUGAUGCAGUUAACGUCGUCCGAUGCUGUGCUGUGAAGGGACAGAGAGAGUUCGUCGUUGGCGGUGGUGGAUGCGAGAUCUCUUUAAGUCUCGACAUUGCCAAGUUUGGUCAGGAGUGCUCCGGUCUCGAGCAAUAUGCUGUUUUGAAAUUCGCGGAAUCAUUCGAGAUUGUUGCGAACAUCAUAGCAGAAAACGCUGGCCUUAACGCCAUGGACGCCGUCACAACCUUGAAGGCUGCCCAUGCUUCUGGUAACAACCGAAUGUGUGUCGAUGUUGAUGCACCGAACCGACGUGCCUCCCCAAUCUUGUCCAAGUCCAUCCUGGAUAACCGCGGCAUCAAGUCGUGGGCUAUACGACUGGCCAUUGACGCCGUAUUGACUAUCCUCAGAAUUCAGCACAUCAUUGUCGCCAAGCAGGCCGGCGGUCCCCAGACCAAG